ACCUGCAGAGAGACAGUCACGAGAAGGAGGCGGGCGUCUCGGAGGAGCAGCAGCGAAGGCAGGCCGGCCUCGCGCCAUCGGCGGGAGCUGUCCCCGAUGCCCGGCGCCGAGGAGCCCGGCGUGAGCGCCCGGAGCCAGUGACCGCAGUGGCGGGUUUUUCCAUUUCUUCCUGAGCUCCCUCCUGCGACCAUAAGCCACUGCGAAGGACCACCAAGAUGGCAGGAGCCUCGGUUAAGGUGGCAGUGCGAGUACGCCCCUUUAACUCCCGAGAAAUGAGCCGCGACUCGAAAUGCAUCAUCCAAAUGACCGGAAGCACCACAACUAUCGUCAAUCCAAAACAACCCAAGGAGACACCCAAAAGCUUCAGCUUCGAUUAUUCCUAUUGGUCACAUACCACGCCUGAAGAUAUCAACUAUGCAUCUCAGAAACAAGUGUACCAAGACAUCGGAGAAGAGAUGCUGCAACACGCCUUUGAAGGCUACAAUGUCUGCAUCUUUGCCUACGGGCAGACCGGUGCUGGAAAGUCCUAUACCAUGAUGGGGAAGCAGGAGAAGGAUCAGCAGGGCAUUAUCCCACAGCUCUGUGAGGAUCUCUUCUCUCGAAUCAAUGACACAACAAAUGACAACAUGUCCUACUCAGUGGAGGUCAGCUACAUGGAGAUUUACUGUGAGCGUGUCCGGGAUCUCCUGAACCCCAAAAACAAGGGCAACCUGCGCGUGAGGGAGCAUCCCCUCAUGGGCCCUUACGUGGAAGACCUCUCCAAGCUGGCCGUCACCUCCUACAAUGACAUCCAAGACCUAAUGGACUCGGGAAACAAAGCCAGGACGGUGGCUGCCACCAACAUGAAUGAGACCAGCAGCCGCUCCCACGCUGUCUUUAACAUCAUCUUCACCCAGAAGCGCCAUGACGCCGAGACCGACAUCACCACAGAAAAAGUGAGCAAGAUCAGCCUCGUUGACCUGGCGGGCAGUGAGCGAGCUGACUCCACAGGAGCCAAGGGCACGCGCCUCAAGGAAGGAGCAAACAUCAACAAGUCCUUGACCACACUGGGAAAAGUCAUCUCUGCUCUAGCUGAAAUGGAUUCUGGACCAAACAAGAACAAAAAGAAGAAAAAGACUGAUUUCAUCCCUUACAGAGAUUCGGUGCUGACCUGGCUCCUCCGGGAAAAUCUGGGGGGCAAUUCUAGGACUGCGAUGGUGGCAGCUCUGAGCCCUGCUGACAUUAACUACGACGAGACCCUCAGCACCCUGAGAUACGCCGACCGAGCCAAACAGAUCCGCUGCAACGCCGUCAUAAACGAGGACCCCAACAACAAGCUGAUCCGCGAGCUGAAGGACGAGGUGGCUCGCCUGCGAGACCUGCUGUAUGCCCAGGGGCUUGGGGACAUCAUUGACACCAGCACUGUGCCUGGAGGACCUAAAUACAUGUCCGACUUUGAGAACAAUAAUGGUAACCCUGGCGUGGCAGAAUUGAGUCAACGCCCUGACAAUCUCUCCACAGUGACCAACGCCUUGGUGGGUAUGAGCCCCUCAUCCUCCCUGUCGGCCUUAUCCAGCCGAGCGGCCUCCGUGUCCAGCCUCCACGAGCGGAUGCUGUUUGCCCCGGGCAGCGAAGAAGCUAUUGAGAGGCUGAAGGAGACUGAAAAGAUCAUCGCUGAGCUGAAUGAGACCUGGGAAGAGAAGCUGCGCAGAACAGAAGCUAUCCGGAUGGAGAGGGAGGCAUUGCUGGCUGAAAUGGGUGUGGCCAUGAGGGAAGAUGGCGGUACCUUGGGUGUGUUCUCUCCCAAAAAGACACCUCAUCUUGUCAACCUGAAUGAAGACCCUCUGAUGUCUGAGUGCCUUUUGUACUACAUUAAAGAUGGAAUAACCAGAGUUGGCCGGGAAGAUGGAGAGAGGAGACAAGACAUCGUCCUGAGCGGACACUUCAUAAAGGAAGAACAUUGCAUUUUCCGAAGUGACACCAGAGCUGGCAAUGAAGCAGUGGUGACCCUGGAACCAUGUGAGGGGGCAGACACCUAUGUCAAUGGCAAAAAAGUGACAGAACCCAGCAUUCUACGAUCUGGAAACCGCAUUAUCAUGGGGAAGAGUCACGUGUUCCGAUUCAACCAUCCUGAGCAGGCUCGGCAAGAGCGUGAACGGACCCCAUGUGCAGAGACUCCCGCAGAGCCAGUGGACUGGGCCUUUGCCCAGAGAGAGCUGCUCGAAAAGCAAGGCAUUGAUAUGAAACAGGAGAUGGAACAGAGACUCCAGGAACUUGAAGACCAAUAUCGGAAGGAGAGGGAAGAAGCCAACUACCUCCUCGAGCAGCAGAGACUGGACUAUGAGAGUAAGCUCGAGGCUUUGCAAAAGCAGAUGGAUUCCAGGUAUUACCCAGAGGUCAAUGAAGAGGAGGAAGAACCUGAAGAUGAAGUCCAGUGGACAGAGAGGGAAUUUGAGCUGGCACUUUGGGCCUUCAGGAAGUGGAAGUGGUACCAGUUCACGUCACUGAGAGACCUGUUGUGGGGCAAUGCCAUUUUCCUCAAAGAAGCCAAUGCCAUUAGCGUGGAGCUAAAGAAGAAGGUCCAAUUCCAGUUUGUUCUCCUCACGGACACGCUCUACUCCCCCCUACCUCCGGAUUUGCUUCCCCCUGAUGCUGCCAAAGAAAGAGAGAAACGGCCCUUCCCACGCACCAUUGUGGCCAUCGAGGUCCAGGAUCAGAAGAACGGGGCCACUCAUUACUGGACACUGGAGAAACUGAGGCAGAGACUGGACUUGAUGCGUGAGAUGUACGACCGGGCUGCCGAGGUGCCGUCCAGUGUCAUUGAGGACUGUGACAACGUGGUGACUGGCGGGGACCCUUUCUACGACCGAUUCCCUUGGUUCCGGCUGGUUGGCAGCUCAGAUGUCUCUGGCUGCAACAGCUCUCCUCUUUUCAACACAUGCAUGAGCGAGCGCAUGGCUGAUCUCACCCCCUCCCCCACCUUCUCGAACCCCGACUCCGACAUCACCGAGCCUGCUGACGAGCAGCAUGUGGGGAAGGAGGAGGAGGAGGAGGAGGAGGAGGAGGAUGAGGAGGAGGAGGAGGAGGACUUCGAGGAAGACAUCUUUCCAGAGUGCUCGCUGUGUGAUGGUGGCCGGGAUCCAUUUUACGACCGCUCCCCCCUGUUCAGUUUAGUAGGAAGGGCCUUCGUGUACCUCAGCAACCUGCUGUACCCCGUGCCCCUGGUCCACCGCGUGGCCAUCGUCAGCGAGAAGGGGGAAGUGAAGGGCUUCCUGCGUGUGGCCGUGCAGGCCAUCUCAGCCGACGAGGAAGCCCCGGAUUACGGCUCCGGAGUCCGCCAGUCGGGAACCGCCAAGAUCUCCUUCGACGAUCAGCACUUCGAAAAGUUCCAGUCCGAGUCCUGCCCAGUAGUGGGGAUGUCCCGUUCUGGCACCUCGCAAGAAGAGCUGCGGAUUGUCGAGGGGCAGGGACAGGUCACCGAGAUCGGACCCUCUGCUGAUGAAGUGAACAACAACACCUGUGCGGUGACUCCUGAAGACCUGCUACUGGACAGCCCUGAGAAAAGCAUCAUGGACGGCCCCUUGGAAUCUGCCCUGGACCAUUUGAAGCUGGGCAGCAUCUUCACCUUCCGCGUGACCGUGCUGCAAGCGUCCAGCAUUUCUGCGGAGUACGCCGACAUCUUCUGCCAGUUCAACUUUAUCCACCGUCACGACGAGGCCUUUUCCACAGAGCCACUGAAGAAUACGGGACGAGGGCCACCCCUGGGGUUCUACCAUGUCCAGAAUAUCGCAGUUGAGGUGACCAAGUCCUUUGUGGAAUACAUCAAGAGUCAGCCAAUUGUAUUUGAGGUCUUUGGCCACUACCAGCAGCAUCCUUUCCCACCUCUGUGCAAGGAUGUUCUCAGCCCUCUACGACCUUCGAGACGCCAUUUCCCUAGGGUCAUGCCGCUCUCUAAACCAGUGCCCGCCACCAAGCUGAGCACCCUCACCCGGCCCACCGCGGGACCCUGUCACUGCAAAUACGACCUGCUGGUCUACUUCGAAAUCUGUGAGCUGGAAGCCAACGGAGACUACAUCCCAGCUGUUGUGGACCACCGGGGAGGGAUGCCGUGCCUCGGGACUUUCUUGCUCCAUCAGGGGAUCCAGAGAAGGAUCACGGUGACCCUGGUGCAUGAAACCGGCAGCCACAUCCGCUGGAAAGAAGUGCGGGAGUUAGUUGUGGGGCGGAUCCGGAACACUCCGGAAACCGACGAAUCCCUCAUCGAUCCCAACAUCCUGUCGCUCAACAUCCUCUCAGCCGGCUACGUGCAGCCUUCCCAGGACGAUCGGCAGUUUCUUGAUGCGGACAUGCCUAGGACCUUCUACCAGUUUGAAGCCGCCUGGGACAGCUCGAUGCACAACUCCCUCCUGCUGAACCGGGUCACCCCUUACCGUGAGAAGAUCUACAUGACGCUCUCUGCUUACAUCGAGAUGGAGAAUUGUACCCAGCCUGCCGUGAUCACCAAAGACUUCUGCAUGGUGUUCUACUCCCGGGAUGCUAAACUCCCAGCAUCUCGUUCCAUCCGCAACCUGUUCGGCAGCGGGAGCCUGCGGGCCUCUGAGAGCAAUCGGGUGACCGGAGUGUAUGAACUCAGCCUGUGUCACGUGGCGGAUGCUGGAAGUCCAGGGAUGCAGAGACGACGUCGGCGGGUCCUGGACACUUCUGUCGCCUACGUCCGGGGGGAGGAGAACCUGGCCGGCUGGAGGCCCCGCAGUGACAGCCUCAUCCUAGACCACCAGUGGGAGCUCGAGAAGCUAAGUCUGCUGCAAGAGGUUGAAAAAACAAGGCAUUACCUCCUCCUACGUGAAAAGUUGGAGACAACUCAGAGAUCUGGCCUGGAGACCUUGUCCCCCUGUUCCAGCGAGGACUCCGAGUCCCACAGCGCUUCCUGCGUUUCCUCUCCGCUCUCGGACGGCACCUCGGAGACUCGCACCGCGGCCCUGGACAUUCCCAGUGAGCGGCAGAAGGAGCUGGCAGCCAAGUGCCUCCGCCUGCUCACGCACACCUUCAACAGAGAGUACACCCACAGCCACGUCUGUGUCAGCGCCAGUGAAAGCAAGCUUUCAGAGAUGUCAGUGACUCUGCUGCGGGAUCCUUCCAUGUCCCCCCUUAGCGCAGCUACUCUUACUCCAUCCUCUACCUGCCCAUCCCUGGUUGAAGGACGGUACACCGCUGCGGACCUGAGGAACCCCCCACCCUGCUCCCGACCAGUCAGCCCCGAACUGGAGCCAGUGCUGGAGGGAGAGCAGAAAAAAUCUCCUUCUCCCGUCGGUGGGCCGGAAGCAGAGAAGGAGCCCCAGCGUUUGCUGGUACCGGACAUACAAGAGAUCCGGGUCAGCCCCAUCGUCUCCAAGAAGGGCUACCUCCACUUUCUGGAACCCAAGACGACAGGAUGGGCCAAGCGCUUUGUGGUGGUGAGGCGCCCCUAUGCUUACAUGUACAACAGUGACAAGGACUCCGUGGAGAGGUUCAUUCUCAACCUCUCCACUGCCCAGGUGGAAUACAGUGAGGACCAGCAGGCCAUGCUCAAGACUCCCAAUACAUUUGCCGUGUGCACUGAGCACCGGGGCAUCCUGCUGCAGGCAAACAGUGACAAGGACAUGCAUGACUGGCUGUACGCAUUCAACCCUCUCUUGGCUGGAACCAUAAGAUCCAAACUCUCCCGAAGGAGAACAGCGCAGAUGAGAAUCUGAGCCCACGUCUCUACCACCGUCUCUUUGCCAACCGCGUCGGGUCCAGUAGGAGAGCCCUUCCCGACCCUCCGCCCUCUCCCCACGUCCCUCCCUUAGAUCUGUCUGACGGCCCUGACCACCCGCCCUUCCACCGGCCCGCCGACAGUCUUCCCCUUGCCCCCGGAAACCCCUUCUCGUGGUAGCCGCUCAGCUGCCCCGUCUGGCCUGACCGCCUCGGGCGCACACCAUCUCCCACUCUUUCCUUCGUCGGGUGGCCCCCCGUCCCCGGUCUACACUGCUCGUCAGCAGAAGCUAGCAUUGUUUUACUCCCAUCUGAGCAAGCUCUCGGGGAGAGAGCUGGAGCAUGUUCAAAGGGUCCGAGGUCACAGUCAGGCGUUUCUGCUGCCAAUCAGAAUUUCUUUUAAAGGAUAGAUGGAUCCAUUAUUAAAAUACCCGGAAUUGGCAAGGUUUUAAGAUUAGCCCUGGUUAUAUUUAGGAACCAUUCCUUUCUGACACCUUCCCCUAGGACCAUUGAUUUGGGUUGAUUCCAGUUGUCAUUUCUCGGUCUAUGGUGCUCCAGAAAACUGGGCAGCGGUCCUCACUGAGGCAGGUCAGAGAGGGAGUUCUGGGAAAUGAACAACCAUCAGAGCAUCAUUUUCAUCCCAUUCAAAACUCCCGUGACCCCGUAGAGUUUGGGGCAUUCUCGGUCAUAGGCAGACCUGGAGCUGGCUGGGGCACGUCAGCGGGUCAGCAUUGGACAUUCACUCCCCCUCUCCAGGACCUUUCCCUUCUCCCUCUCCCCAGAACCUAACCCAAACCAAAGUGCAGAGGAGGCUAUUUCUGGACGCACCCCCGGCCCCGGGAGCCCCCGUGCUCAGCACACAGACUUCCACACAUCCCCGUCCCUGAGUCACUGGUCGGAGACAAAGCACUUUUUCAAAUGGUUUUGCCUUUCCCUCGUAUGUGGGUUUAUGUGUGUGCACUGCAUGGCUGGUUCGGGGGCAAGUGAAUCCCUUUGCUCGCUUCUCGAAGCCCGACCGGCGUAUUGGAUGAGAGAGAGUUGCUCCUCAGGUGGGAAGUAGGAAUCCCAUGCUUUUCAUCACGAUUUCUGCCCCGUGAGGUAUGACGAGAUAGAUAGUGUGCCUUGCACACAGUAGGUGCUCAAUAAAUGUUUGUUGGAUUGACAUUUCUAAGUCUGCAGCUGUAAUGCCAGAGAAAGGGAUGAACUAGGAUCUGGAAAGAGUGAGGCGGCCAGUUUACAAAGUAAUAUCCAAGAGGCACUAGCACAGAAAAGGCCCAGGUGCUCUGUCUGGGCUCCCCUGCCUGUUAGGUUCGAUACCCAUGCGAAGUUAUUGGGAAGGGUCAAUCCUUGACCAUUCUCUCCACCCCACCCCAGCUCAUGAGAUCCAUGUGGAUCUUAGAGACCCUCCUAUAGAGGCAAGUGCAAAGAAAACGGCGGGGAAGGACCCGGUGACGCCCUGGAUAGUGGAAUCCCUGGGGACCCAAUGUCCCCUUUCUGGGAGUCUGCUCUUUGUUGACCGGUAGGACUCUAAUCCGAACUGCUGGGCACGAGGUCAUUUGGACGGUUGAGAACUAGGAAGGCCACUAGGGGACACAUACUAGAAUCAGGGUAGAGGCUCGAGGACCCGUCCAGAAUCUCGGACUAAAUCAGCAAGUCCCCCUCAGCCCAAGAAGUCCUCGUCGUGUCUUGAAGCCCAGGGCUCGAUCUCGCUACCUAUUUUGGACAGGGUUUGAUCCUUCCCCCAUGUGGUGAGAAGGCUGUGUGAAUUCAAUGAGAGGAUGACUGGUUGAUGAGCAAGGGUGGGGUGGGGAUGGGAUGGUGUCAUGUUUGCCAGAGAUUGAGUUUUAUUUUUAUAUGUGAAGAGAGUUUCUUUUUGUCCUCUGCCCCAAAUAACACGAAUUUUAACCCUUUGCUCCUGCGAAUCCCCAGCUAGUUUAUCUGGUCCAAAGAGUCCGGCUAACCAAAGAAGCCCAGAAUUCCGUGGCUAGCCAAACCGUGUUCCCAAGACGAGAAGUUCCCUCGGAAGCAGUAGUUUCCUUAUCGGUGACGCCCUUGAAGUUCGGGGUCUGCCCAGUUGACUGUCAUGUUUCCAACUUUUUGGUGAAAUUAAGAUGAAUGUUUUCAGACUGUUGUUCGCAGCUGCCGUUGGUAUGUUCCCCAGUCAUGGGAGUUUUAACUAGACCUCUCCACUCAUCCCCUUUCAGAGCAGCAACUGUCCAGAGAGGUAUCUCUACGGCCCUUAUCGAGUACCCACAGGACUCGACCAGAUCACAGCCCACCCUGAUUUGCACACCCUGGCUACCCUUGCUUUUCACCGUCCCUUUCUCAUCCCCUUGGUGGUGGGGGGGAUGUUAUGAAUCCCAAACUGAGCUAUCUAUGCAUUUUUCUUUGGAUAAGGGAGAGGAUGGGCUCGUGAAAACCUAGAAAGCCAAUCUCCGGAAACUUCAACGGGCCCCCAGAGCUCCAGACUCCCUCUCCUCGGCCACCCCUCUACCAUAUUUGUUCGUCCCAGGGCCAAGAUUUCAGAGUCAUGCUCAGCUUUGCCCCAUUUCUCACGACAGUGGGAUAUUGUGAUAUCUCAAAGAUCCCACUCUCUAGUGGAUAGUUUCCUGCUCCUCUCCUUUCCUUUUUAAUUGUUCUUGGGACAACUGUUCAGACCAGGGCAUCAUUCUGUUUCAGUGGGACUUGUCCCACAGGCCCUCAGUCACAUUUCCCAACUGGCUGGCACUGAUUUUUCCUCCUGGUCUUCUCCAACCACAUCCAUUUUUGUCCUAUCAUGGUCACUAUCCAUCGUCAAAUCUACAUUACAACUUGAUGGCCAUUUAAACCACCCACCUUCUACACAGAGUCAAGUAAAAGGUGUCCUCUGUUCUUUUACAAGAAGCUAUAAGAUUGGGUUUUUUUGUUCUACCUCCAAAAAUACAUAGGACACCCUUGGCCUUCUAGCAUGAUAUGAUCAAGGGAAGAUUCUAUUUAGACUUUCCCUCUGAAAAGUUAUUUCAAUGCCCCCAGUGUCUUUCCUAAGAUAUACAGGAGAGAGGAGCCAAAUCCUUUCAGGAUGCUGAAUUUUGAGCAAAUGUCAGCCCCUAAAAAUAUGAUUUGAGGCUAGAAUUAUGACAGGGAUCUUCAUGUAUUUCAUGACAGCCUGAUGACUGGAGUGGAAAAUUUAACACUCACACACAAAGCCCUGCGAAACCCCAGUCUCUAAAAAUUACAAAGAGCCGGAAGCUUCUCCCUAGCUAGCCCAGGCUGCGUUUCAGACCACUUUGAUGACGCUGUUAGAGUUCAGUUCUUCUUUGGAAGUCCAGAUUUCUUCAACCUGAAUUGGAACCAAGGGUCUUUUGGAAAAUGUUUUGCAUUUUCCUCCCUUCAAAUCUAAUUAAAAGAUUUCUCCUAGUGAAGUUACUAGUUAGCUUUUCUGACUUGGUAGAAAGACCUAAAAGCUCUUUUUCUGCAAGUGCCUAUUGUUGUUUUUCGAUCUAUACCAGGAAAAGUAAGAAAGGAUGUCUAAAGUUGAUGUAAGCAUUGAGUCCUCCAAGAGUUCCGGCUUUCUAGGGAGGAAGGGUACUCCCUUAGGGGAAGGUGACAGCCAUCAAAGCUGUUCAGGGCCAUGUUGUCAGGUCAGCCAUCCUGAAGAACAUGGUCUGGGAAGGAUCUUCUUCCUCCCUCUCAAAUGAGAAGCAGACCUGUGCCUGAGGCCAGCCAACCUGCAGAGCACACUGUUUGUUAUUUGGGGGAGGGAUAAUUGAGGGGGAAACAAGCUGAGGGGGACCAGAAAAAAAUGCAAUAAACUUUUUUGAGGUUUAAUGUGAAUUUUCCUACAAAACAUCAAAAAGAUCUGAAAUCCAGCAAUUAGGUAGAUCUCGACUUAUACGACAGCUGCCUCUGUGGUCUGAUCCCAGCCUGGGAAUCACUAGGAUUCUGAAACUCGUUUGCCUUUGGGUAUCCCGCAACAUUUCUCCCCAGCAGCAGAAUCACAAUCUUGCUACUAUUAGUGUUAGGGUCCGGGAAUCAAAUUUCCAGGUAGAUUUUUUUCCUUUAGAUAGUUGCAAAGAAACCCUAGCGAUUGUUGAAGAGAUGAAGAUGAGGAAGAAUUCAUAAACUGUAAACAUGAGACACAGGUUUACAUUGUUUUAACAAGGCUCACCAUCUAGUAGCAACCCAUUUACAAGGAAAACCCUUCACUAUCGAGAAGGAUUUUAAGUGAGAAUUAAUGAUUGAUUAAUUCUCCAGCACCUCUCACCACAUAGGGUCAAGGCAAGGCAGACCCGAUGUCAUGAAGUCACGAGAUAGACCUGAUCUGGCAACGAAACACAAAACAACAGCAUGACUUUUUCUCAAAAGAGUAAUAGCGUUUCCUUGAGAUGACCGUGACCAGGAAAGAAAAUCCUUGUAUACAGAUUGACCAUGACUUUAGACCAGACUGAGACCAAAUAGGAAUCUAUGGGAGAUGAACUAUAGAAAACGCUCUUUGGUGUCUUCCCACUGUUUGUUCGACUGGUCUCUAUGACCGUGCAUGAGAUGUCUGUCAAUAGCUCAUUGAUUCCAAGCUCUUCUUCGGAAGAGCCCAUCACCGUGUAAUGAUGUUUUUGGUAAAGACUUAACCGCUAGAACCAUCACCUGGGUGCUUACACAAAAGAUGAAAUAGAAUCCUGCGGGACCUACGAGUCCCGGGACACUUUAGGGGUGAUGCUUUCUCAAGAGGCUCCAAGCCAAAACAAGUUGCUGAGAAGCUCUCGGAGGCCCUCCUGACCUGUCCUAAUGACGGCCGUGUUGAAGGUUGGGAUGCUAUCGAGCCAAGAGAAAGCAAUGGUCAACCAGUCCUCCCGCGCUCUCUCUUGAUCUGCGGACUGCCAAGCUAGGGAAGGAAACUGUCUUUCUUCAGGAGGGGUCAUUUGCUGAGAGGCUUUGCUGUACAAAUGAAGGGAGGUGUGGUUCCUUUGGAGUUUUUUUUUGUUUUUUUUUUGCCUGUGCUUCCAUAAAUUAGUUUGUCCAAAUGAGUUCUUCCUGUGACGCCAUCCCCCAUGCGCUGGGAGACCAUUUCUCUUGCUUUGUAUAUAUGUGAUUGCUGUGGGCACCACUGUAUAAUAACAACAAUACUCAAGUAAUGAGUCUAGUUUUAUUGAUGUCUUAAACUAUGAGUGUUGAAAUAUAGGGUCUUAAACUGUUUGUGUACACUCAAGGCAUUGUUCAGUUAAGAAAUAAAUGUGGCAUUUAUGCAAAUACUGGA